AUGAGCAGCCUCUCUAUCUUGCAUCUGCUCCUGCUCCUGCGUGCUCUCCAUGCCCCUCAGGCACAGGGGCUGCCUUUGAGGACAUCGAGGACUCCAUAUUCUAGCUUGAUGGAGGAAAUUAUGGAUGACCUAAAGAAAAUAACUCCGAGUCCAGAAGGCUCCUUGAACUCAGAUGAGAAGAAUAUCCUGGCGAAUAAGAGCCUCCUGCAGGCAAACCUGAAAGCGUUCAUGACAUUUGCCACAGAUACUUUUGGAAAUGAUUCAAAAAUCAUGAAAAAUCUUAAGGAAUUCCAGCCAGUGCUGCCCACAGCCACACCCACGGAAGAUUCAAUUCUUAUUGAGGACAGCAACUUGGGGGAUUUUCGGAUGAAAUUGGAAGAAUUUUUGGCUACCAUUAGAAGCUAUCUCAGACACGACUGA